AAGUGUGGGCCCCCCAUGGACACCAAGACCCAGAGCCUUCCCAUCACCCAACCCCAGUCCCACAGAAGCUCUCGGUCCAAGAGCCACACGUGCAGCCACUUCUGCAGUUGCAGCUCCCACUGCCAGGGCUGCAGUCUGGGCCAGCGGGGCAGCCGAGGCACCAGCCUGAACCCACCCAGCCACCGCUGCCCGGGGAGCCACCGCAGCCUGGCCCACCAAAGCCAGAGUCCACAGGCUAGCCCGCCCCCAAAGCACUCCAAACAGACCAUGCACGCCCACCACCCACCCACGAGGGUCACUGCCCCCUGCAAAAGCCACUCCAGGGGCAGAAAGCCCUUGGCAGGAAGAGUGAACAAGAAGAAAGGCAAGAGGCGCCGGCAAGCACACAAGCCCAGGAGGCGCCUGGGCCUCCCUACAGGGCGGAAACACAACUAAGGAAGCGUCACCGCUGUCUCCGUGGCGGGUGCGUCCUGUGAGGAAUGCCGCCACUUGUGGAUUGCCAGAGCCAACCUGACUGCAGGAACACGUGACUGGGCAAUUUCUAUGCACACGGAUUAA